GACAUAGAUUUAUUACAGCAGUGGAUUAAUUUUUCCACAACAGUAGAAACAACAAGCAAAAACAGCAAGUAAUGUUCAGAAGAAGAAGGAAGUAGAGAAGAGGAAGAAGAAGAAGAAACAGGAAGCAGAAGGUUGCUGGUUGUUUUCGAAGCUUCGAGCAUAAAUGAGAUAAAGGAGCUGGAAACAAUGACGACGAAGAAGCUGCUUGUUGAAACACUGAACCAGUUGAGUCCUGAAGACUUUGAGAAAUUCAAGUUGCUGACUGGAGAGGAGGAAGGUGUGCCGGUCAUCUGGAGGAGCCGACUGAAAGCAGCAAACACUCAGGAUGUCGUGGAGCUGAUGGUGGAGACGUACAGCCGAGAGUGUGUGGAGGCGACCACAAAGGUUUUGAUGAAGAUGAGCAGGACUGAUCUGGUGCAGAGAUUGUCAGGAAUCGACUCGGGAACCAAAGAGGAAGUGUGUCCUCCACUGGUCCAGAGAGUGGAAAUGAUGACGUCUGUUAUUGAGCUGCUUUUGGAAACACUGGAAGAUCUGUGUGAUGAGGAGCUGAAGGUGUUCAGGAGGCUCCUCAGGAAUCAGAGACCUCACUUAUACGUGUGGGGGGAUUGGAUGGGGACAACAGACCACCAGGAUACAGUGUUUAAAACAGCACAGAUUUAUGGCCAAGAUUCAGUGCUGAAGACCAAGGAGGCUUUAGAGAAGAUGGAGAGGAUGGAUCUGGUGGAGAAACUGUCAGACAGCAGCUCAGGAUUCAAAAAGAAACAGCUGGAUGAACAUCUGUCUGCACUGAUCCACAAAGUGGCAACAAUGGCAGCUGUUAAAGAGAUGAUUUUGGAAACACUGAAGAGUUUAAGUAACAGGGGUUUCAAGAAAUUCAGAUAUUUCGUGCAGGAAACAACUUUCCAGAAGUCUCUUCAAAAAAUCCCACAUAGACAAAGGCACCAUGCAGGCAGGGCAGAAAUAGUGGAUCUGAUGAUGAAGGCAUUUGGUCAACAGUCUGUGGAGGUGACCAGGGACGUUUUCAUGAUCAUGAACAGGACUGAUCUGGUGCAGAAUCUUCCAGAGACCAGCUCAGGACAAAAAGAGAAACACUCUGUGGAUGAACCAGCUGCUGCAUCAAGAGAAGCAGCGUUGGCAUCUGUCAGACAGAUUCUUCGGAAGACACUGAAACAUUUCAGUACCAAUGAGUUCAAGAAAUUCAAGUUCCUACUGCAGUUCACCUCCUUUCAGAAAAACCUCCCAGAAAUCCCACAGUAUCGAUUGUUUAAUACAUACACAACUUAUAGACUCACAGAUCUGAUGGAACACACGUGGGGUGAAAAGUCUGUGGAGGUGACCAGAGAGGUUUUAAAGGACAUGAACAGGACUGAUCUGGUGCAGAAGCUGUCAGAGAUCCGCUCUCAGCCUCAAGAGGAAGCGUGUCUUCCACUGGUCCAGAGAGUGGAAAUGAUGGCGUUUGUUAUUGAGCUGCUUUUGGAAACACUGGAGGAUCUGAGUGAUGAGGAGUUGAAGGAGUUGAGGAGGCUCCUCUGGUGUCGCAAACCUCACAUUUUCAUGCAAUGGGAUUGGAUGGAGACAAUAGACCACCAGGAUACAGUGUUUUUAACAGUACAGAUUUAUGGCCAAGAGUCAGUGCUGAAGACCAAGAAGGCUUUAGAGAAGAUGAAGAGGAUCGAUCUGGUGCAGAAGCUGUCAGACAACAGCUCAGGAUUCAAAAAGAAACUCUCUGUGGAUGAACGGCGCUCUGCACUGAUCCAGAAAGUGGCAGCAGUGGCAGCUGUUACACAUCUGCUUUUGGAAACCCUGAAUUGUUUGAGUGUCCAGGAGCUGUAUGAAUUCAGAAGAGUCCUGCGGUUGAUUUCCUACGAGAAGAAUCUCCAAAACAUCUCAUGGACAUUGAGUCCUUCAUCAGACAGAACAGAAAUAGUGGAUCUGAUGGUGCAGCAGUUUGGUCAUCAGUCUGUGGAGUUGACCAGGGAGGUUUUCAGGCGUAUGAACAGGACUGAUCUGAUUCAGAAGCUUCCAGAGACCAGCUCAGGACAAGAAGAGAAACACUCUGUGGAUGAACCAGCUGCUGCAUCAAGAGAAGCAGCAGUGGCAUCUGUCAGACAGAUUCUUCAGGAGACACUGAAACAUUUCAGUCCCAGAGAGUUCAAUAAAUUCAGGAUUCUGUUGCAGUUCACCUCCUUCCAGAAAAACCUCCCAGAAAUCUCACAGUAUCAACUAGUUAAGGCAGACACAACUUACGAACACUCAGAUCUGAUGGUGUACAUGUGGGGUGAACAGUCUGUGGAGGUGACCAGGGAGGUUUUAAAGGACAUGAACAGGACUGAUCUGGUGCAGAAGCUGUCAGAGAUCAGCUCUGAGCCUGAAGAGGAAGUGUGUCCUCCACUGGUCCAGAGAGUGGAAACAAUAGCGUCUGUUAUUGAGCUGCUUUUGGAAACACUGGAGGAUCUGAGUGAUGAGGAGCUGAUGGAGUUCAGGGAGCUCUUCUGGAAUCAGAGACCUCACUUAUACAUGCAGUGGAUGAAGAGAACAGACCACCAGGGUACAGCAUUUGGAACAGUACAAACUGAUGGCCAAGAGUCAGUGCUGAAGACCAAGGAAGUUUUAGAGAAGAUGGAGAGGAUGGAUCUGGUACAGAAGCUGUCAGACAGCAGCUCAAGAUUCAAAAAGAAACAGCUGGAUGAACAUCUGUCUGCACUGAUCCACAAAGUGGCAACAAUGGCAGCUGUUGAAGAGCUGCUUUUGGAAACACUGAAGAGUUUGAGUGACCAGGAUCACAAUAAAUUCAGAUUUUUCCUGCAGCUGACCACCUUCCAAAAGAACCUUUCACAAAUCCCAUUGAGCGAAAUGCGACAUGCAGACAGAACAACAAUGGUAGAUCUGAUGAUGAAGACAUUUGGUCAACAGUCUGUGGAGGUGACCAGGGAGGUUUUCAUGGACAUGAACAGGACUGAUCUGGUGCAGAAUCUGCCAGAGAGCAGCUCUGAGUUCAAAGAUAAACUCUCUGUGGAUGAACGAUAUCCUGAACUGAUCCAGAAAGUGGAAACAAUGGCGUCUGUUAUUGAGCUGCUUUUGGAAACACUGGAGGAUCUGAGUGAUGAGGAGCUGGAGGAGUUCAAAUGCAUCACCAUGAGUUUUAUUCCGCUUGAGGACUCUUUCUCAGACAUCACCUGGAGGAGGAUGGAGGCAGCGGACCACCAGGACACAGUGUUUUUAACAGUACAGCUUUAUGGCCAAGAGUCAGUGGUGAAGACCAAGGAGGCUUUAGAGAAGAUGAAGAGGAUGGAUCUGGUGGAGAAACUGUCAGACAGCAGCUCAGGAUUCAAAAAGAAACUCUCUGUGGAUGAACGGCGCUCUGCACUGAUCCAGAAAGUGGCAGCAGUGGCAGCUGUUAAACAUCUGCUCUUGGAAACUCUGAAUGAUUUGAGUGUCCAGGAGCUAGAGGAAUUCAGAAUGUUGCUGCAGUCGAUUUCCUUUGAGAACAAUCUCCCAGACAUCUCACCAGUGUGGAGUCGUUCAUCAGACAGAAAAGAAAUAGCGGGUCUGAUAGUGGAGCAGUUUGGUCAACAGUCUGUGGAGGUGACCAGGAGGGUUUUCAGGCGUAUGAACAGGACUGAUCUGAUUCAGAAGCUUCCAGAGACCAGCUCAGGACAAAAAGAGAAACACUCUGUGGAUGAACCAGCUGCUGCAUCAAGAGAAGCAGCGGUGGAAUCUGUCAGACAGAUUCUUUGGAAGACACUGAAACAUUUCAGUACCAAAGAGUUGAAUAAAUUCAGGAUUCUGCUGCAGUUCACCUCCUUCCAGAUCAACUUUCCAGGAAUCCCACAGUAUCGACUGGUUGAGGCAGACACAACUUACAAACUCACAGAUCUGAUGGAGGACGUGUGGGGUGAACAGUCUGUGGAGGUGACCAGGGAGGUUUUAAAGGACAUGAACAGGACUGAUCUGGUGCAGAAGCUGUCAGAGAUCAGCUCUGAGCCUGAAGAGGAAGUGUGUCCUCCACUGGUCCAGAGAGUGGAAACAAUGGCGUCUGUUAUUGAGCUGCUUUUGGAAACACUGAAGGAUCUGAGUUACAAGGACCUUAAGAAGUUCAGGGAUCUCGUCUGGUAUCACAACCAUCACUUUGUAUGUAAAUGGGAGUGGCUGGAGACAAUGGACCACCAGGACACAGUGUUUGUAACGGUACAGACUUUUGGCCAAGAGUCAGUGCUGGAGACCAAGGAGGCUUUAGAGAAGAUGGAGAGGAUGGAUCUGGUGCAGAAGCUGUCAGACAGCAGCUCAGGAUUCAGAAAGAAACAGCUGGAUGAACAUCUGUCUGCACUGAUCCACAAAGUGGCAACAAUGGCAGCUGUUAAAGAGAUGAUUUUGGAAACACUGAAAAGUUUGAGUGAAAGAAAUUUCAGUAAAUUCAGAUGGUUCCAGCAGCUGACAACCUUCCAGGUGACUCUUCCACAAAUCCCAUGGAACCAAGUUGAAAGUGCAGACAAGACAAAAAUAGUGGAUCUGAUGAUGGCAGCAUUUGGACAACAGUCUGUGGAGGUGACCAGGGAGGUUUUCAUGGACAUGAACAGGACUGAUCUGGUGCAGAAUCUGCCAGAGAUCAGCUCUGAGUUCAAAGAUAAACUCUCUGUGGAUGAACGAUAUCCUGAACUGAUCCAGAAAGUGGAAACGAUGGCGUCUGUUAUUGAGCUGCUUUUGGAAACACUGGAGGAUCUGAGUGAUGAGGAGCUGGAGGAGUUCGAAUAUAUAACCAUGAGUUUUAUUCAGCAUGAGGACUCUUUCUCAGACAUCAUCUUCAGGAGGCUGAAGACAGCAGACCACCAGGACAUCGUGUUGAUAACAGCACAGACUUAUAACCAAGAGUCAGUGGUGAAGACCAAGGAGGCUUUAGAGAAGAUGAAGAGGAUGGAUCUGGUGGAGAAACUGUCAGACAGAAGCUCAGGAUUCAAAAAGAAACUCUCUGUGGAUGAACGGCGCUCUGCACUGAUCCAGAAAGUGGCAGCAGUGGCAGCUGUUAAACAUCUGCUUUUGGAAACUCUGAAUGAUUUGAAUGUCCAGGAGCUAGAGGAAUUCAGAAGGUUGCUACAGUCAAUUUUCUCCCCGAAGAAUUUCUUAGACAUCUCAUUAAUGUUGAGUCCUUCAUCAGACAGAACAGAAAUAGUGGAUCUGAUGAUGAAGAUAUUUGGUCAACAGUCUGUGGAGGUGACCAGGGAGGUUUUCAGGCGUAUGAACAGGAAUGAUCUGAUUCAGAAGCUUCCAGAGACCAGCUCAGGACAAAAAGAGAAACACUCUGUGGAUGAACCAGCUGCUGCAUUAAGAGAAGCAGCAGUUGCGUAUGUUGAACAGAUUCUUUGGAAGACACUGAAACAUUUCAGUACCAAAGAGUUCAAUAAAUUCAGGAUUCUGCUGCAGUCCACCUCCUUCCAGAAAAACCUCCCAGGAAUCCCACAGUAUCAACUGGUUGAGGCAGACACAACUUACAAACUCAUAGAUCUGAUGGAGGACGUGUGGGGUGAACAGUCUGUGGAGGUGACCAGGGAGGUUUUAAAGGACAUGAACAGGACUGAUCUGGUGCAGAAGCUGUCAGAGAUCAGCUCUGAGCCUGAAGAGGAAGUGUGUCCUCCACUGGUCCAGAGAGUGGAAACGAUGGUGUCUGUUAUUGAGCUGCUUUUGGAAACACUGGAGGAUCUGAGUGACGAGGAGCUGAAGGUGUUCAGGAAGCUCCUCUGGUGUCGCAAACCUCACAUAUAUAUGCAGUGGGAUUGGAUGGAGACAACAGACCACCAGCACACAGUGUUUAUAACAGCACAGAUUUAUGGCCAAGAGUCAGUGCUGAAGACCAAGGAGGCUUUAGAGAAGAUGGAGAGGAUGGAUCUGGUGGAGAAACUGUCAGACAGCAGAUCAGGAUUCAAAAAGAAACAGCUGGAUGAACAUCUGUCUGCACUGAUCCACAAAGUGGCAACAAUGGCAGCUGUUGAAGAGCUGCUUUUGGAAACACUGAUGGGUUUGAACAACAGGGAUCUCAAUAAAUUCAGAUGGUUCCUGCAGCUGACAACCUUCCAGAAGUCUCUUCGAAAAAUCCCAUGGGGCCUAAUGCACCAUGCAGACAGGACAAAAAUAGUGGAUCUGAUGAUGAAGACAUUUGGUCAACAGUCUGUGGAGGUGACCAGGGAGGUUUUCAUGGACAUGAACAGGACUGAUCUGGUGCAGAAUCUGCCAGAGAGCAGCUCUGAGUUCAAAGAUAAACUCUCUGUGGAUGAUCGAUAUCCUGAACUGAUCCAGAAAGUGGAAACGAUGGCGUCUGUUAUUGAGCUGCUUUUGGAAACACUGGAGGAUCUGAGUGACGAGGAGCUGAUGAAAUUCAAGCAUAUCAUCAUAAGUUUUCUUCAGCAUGACAUCCAUCCCUCACACAUUUUCUGGAGGACGAUGGAGAUAGCAGACCAUCAGGACAUAGUGAUUGUAACAGUACAGACUUAUGGCCAAGAGUCAGUGGUGAAGACCAAGGAGGCUUUAGAGAAGAUGGAGAGGAUGGAUCUGGUGCAGAAGCUGUCAGACAGCAGCUCAGGAUUCAAAAAGAAACUCUCUGUGGAUGAACGGCGCUCUGCACUGAUCCAGAAAGUGGCAGCAGUUCCAGCUGUCCAAAAGUUGCUUUUGGAGACCCUGAAUGAUUUGAAUGUCCAGGAGCUAGAGGAAUUCAGAAGGUUGCUACAGUCAAUUUCCUUCCCGAAGAAUUUCUUAGGCAUCUCAUGGUUGUGGAGUCCUUCAUCAGACAGAACAGAAAUGGUGGAUCUGAUGAUGAAGGCAUUUGGUCAACAGUCUGUGGAGGUGACCAGGGAGGUUUUCAGGCAUAUGAACAGGACUGAUCUGGUGCAGAAUCUUCCAGAGACCAGCUCAGGACAAAAAGAGAAACACUCUGUGGAUGAACCAGCUGCUGCAUCAGGAGAAGCAGCAGUGGCAUCUGUCAGACAGAUUCUUCAGGAGACACUGAAACAUUUCAGUACCAAAGAGUUCAAUAAAUUCAGGAUUCUGCUGCAGUUCACCUCCUUCCAGAAAAACCUCCCAGGAAUCCCACAGGAUCAAAUGUAUGACGCAGGCACAUCUUCCGAACACUCAGCUCUAAUGGUGGACAUGUGGGGUGAACAGUCUGUGGAGGUGACCAGGGAGGUUUUAAAGGACAUGAACAGGACUGAUCUGGUGCAGAAGCUGUCAGAGAUCAGCUCUGAGCCUGAAGGAGCUUCAAGAAGCUUGGAGCUUGAGGGUUGUGGAAGUGUUGUGCAGCAGGACUCCAGUGUUUGGACUAAACUGGAGCCUGAGGUGAACAAUGCAGAUACAGACGAGGCUCCAACUUACAGCCUGCAGUCUGAAGCAGGACGCUUUGAAUGCAGUGUCUCUGGCUUGCGCUGGGUCUGUGAGGAAAACGCCAGCUUUAAGUACCACUUCUGCUCUUGGGGAGGACACAUGGAGAGGAUGGAAAGCAGACAGUACAUGCCUGCAGGUGCCCUAAUAGACAUCUCAGUCAUUGCUGGGAAGUUAAAUGAAGUGUACCUGCCACACUGGAUCUGCAUCGAGGACAACUCUAAAAUAUUGGACAAGUUUGCCGUCCUCCACAUAGAUGAGUGUGGAGAUGUUGUGGAAAAAGUGUCUGAGGUCACAGCAUCACAUGUGAAGUUAACUGAGCCGAUUUUCUCUCUGUGGGGGGUCCUGGUAAAAUUGGGCUUUCCUGUGAAAAUCGAAUGUAACGUGUUAAUGUACUAUAAACCCAAAGAACAUUUCCUGAAGCUCCACGUCUUUGUGAUCCCAGUCGAUCCUGCUCUACAACAGACAGUGGACAAAAAGGAGUCGUCCAGUGGAUAUGAAGGAAUCGCAAAGCCACGGCCAGACAAGCACCUGAAAAUGCAGCAAGGCUUCAGCCUCACAGCUGAUAUAGACACAGCAACAAUUACUCCAGAGAAAAUAACCCUCAGAUAUGACGACCAAGAUCCAAACUUCUAUGAAGUGUACAUUAAGAAUCCAGACAGAAAGUUUAACAUGACCCUACACCCUUACUCAAAGAAGAGUGAAGCAGUUUGGACCUGUGAAAUUCGAAAAGAUGACCAUCCAAACUCUGGUCCUGUAGAAGCUGCAGAAUCAUCAACUGGAUCAUGUUCUGAUGCUGCAGUAGGAGCUGCAGGAUCUUUGAGUGGAGCAACCGGGGUCAGCGCUGUGGCUGAUGAGAAACUCUCUGUGGAUGAACAGCUGUCUGCACAUCUGCACAAAGCAGCAACCAUCACAUCAGACAGAGAGAGGAUUCAGAAAAUGCUGCAACAUCUGAAUGAGUCAGAGUUGAAAGAAUUCAAGUGGACCCUGGAGGACAGUACCUUCAUGUUCAUGUUGGACCUCCCAUGCAUCCCAAGAUGUAAACUGGACAAGGCAGACAUGUUGGACCUGGUGGAUCUGAUGAUUCAGACCUACAGCCAACGGUCUGUGGAGGUGACCAAGAAGGUAUUCAAGAAAAUAAACAGGAAUGAUCUGGUGCAGAUGCUGUCAGACAGCAGCUCAUGAUCCAAAGAUAGGCAGUGAUGGAAACAAACAGAAACCUGUUAAAAACAUUGUGGUGGUGCAUUUAGUUAAUUCCAGAAUUAUUUAACUAAUUCCAAAUUAAAAACUUUAUCUACAGGGUGUGGUCCUUAUCAGAAAGACAAUCUGACAGUAAAACAUGCAACUUUUGAGUUUUAUUAUUUGAAAUAUGGCACAUUAUUGUGUUCUGUUGAUGCAGCUGUUGCACAAUUGACCCUUUGCUAAGCCCCGCUCCCCUUGGUUACUGUUGCUACGCCUGUCAAGCGUUCCCUCCUAGCAUGAAAUAUGGAGUUUUUAGCGGUACCGGUGAGUGAUAUUUCUCAGGAGAUAUGUGCAAAUUUCUGGACAUAUUCUACAGCGAUAUCAGAGAAGCAGACAGAAGGGUCUCCAAUAUGCGUUUGAGAACUUCAUUCACCAAAUUAAAUGUUGGCGGAGUGCAAAUGAAGAGGACGUUAAAAUAGAGGGAAAAGCGCACAGAUCUCAUUGUAAGCGCCAAACACCCCAUGUAUUGUCACUUCACGUCAAAAAUAAUCAUAUACAAGAACAACAAUGUUCUUGUACGGCAGGGUAAGCUGAUAUGUAUUAUAUACAUUUAAAUUAAUGUUAUGUCAACUGUCAUUAUCGUGUGUCUGCCCAUUUCUUGCUAAGCUAAAUUUGUGUUUGUUUACAGCGCACCAGGAUAUUGCUCACAUAUAGUGGGGCUGAUCUAUACACUUGAUCUCAUUAAGGCACAGCAAAGCCCAGCAAUAUCUUGCACAAGUUUGCCACAACAGUGGCACAAACCAAGGGGUUACAACAUUAAUGCAGUACCCAUCUCAUCUGUUGUUGUCGCCAAAGCCAGACAUGAGCAUAGGCGGAGACCCAUGGAUUGCUAGUAUAUAUAUGCUAUACCAGUAUGUCAGAAGUUGUCUCUAUAUAUCACCAGUUGGUUUUUUUUUUGCUCAAAUAAUACACAGUAGCUCAAGUUUUAAGAGAAGUAACCGUCCAUUGAGACGUGUUUCUUUGCUAAUGUUAUCUGACCUAACACACAGAGCUACGGUUAGCUAAUGUUAGCGAGCAACUUACCUUAGAACAGAAGUAGGUGUUCUUAUUGAUUUUAGAGGGAUUCAGCUGAUCAUCCGGUCUCCCACACUGCAUAAUUCACACACGGCACCUUUCUUCUUGUGUCUUUGGCUUGGGGAAUGCAAAAAAAAUCAACACCACCCUCCAAGCUUUGCGGAUAACGAGUGUCGGACUUGCAAGUACCGUACGCACACCGCUUCGGCAUAUUGUCUUCUGCUGAAAGCUUGGCAGACCUCUCGUGCCUAGUUACAGUGGCUAAGGUAGGAUUGGACAGUAGCCAUGUGUGGGAGGGGCUUAGCGAAGGGUCAAUUGUGUCUCUAAGUGCAAAUGAAAUGGCAAAACUAGAGCUGGAAUAUGUAAGAUUGUAGAAACAGGGAUUUUUAAGCUCUUGGACAGCUUUUCAUGUGGGCUUUAGAGUGAUUUUAGACUAGUUUUGGAUUGGUUAUUAGACUCAAUGUGGACUGGUUUUAGACUUGAUUUCAAACUGGUUUUGAAAUAUCAGCUGGGCUGAUCUAGGACUUAUUUCAGACUGGUUAUGAGCUGCUUAUUUGAUACUGAGUUCAGGACUCUGGGAUCAGACCAACUGUUGUAAGACUCCUUGUUCUUCUUUUGGCUGAAGAUGUUUUUUAUAAUUUCGUUCAUUGUCCUGCUGCUAAAUGAACUCUGGAUUGAUCACUUGCCUCCCUUGUGUUUUGUUUUUUGGUGAUGGAUAUGAAUCUGCCUGAACUUCUUCACAGUCAGGAGAACCCCUCAUUCUAAUUAAAUCCAAAACUCCACUAGCAGAGCUGCAGCCCCAAACCUUUGAGGAGCUUCCACCAUUAAUCAUCUCCCCCUGCAGCCAGCCGUGCUGAUCCACAGAGUGAAAACAUCUGUUAAACUUUGACAGCUCAGCUUUCAUUCAGUAGAUCCUGCUGGAGCCGAUCCGUUUUGAUGAGGCAAACAUCAUCUUUUUCAGAUGUCACAGAUUAGUUUGAUUCAGCCAUUACCAUUUUUGAUGCAUGUUUUUGAUCAUUGCCUCGUUAGAACACACAGCUGCAUCCAAGACUCAACCUUCUGGCUGAAGACUUUCAUUAUUCCAUUUACCGUAUAUAAACCACCACUUCCACUGGCACCAAAACAGCCCCCGAGAAUAAUACCUCCACUACCACGUUUGGCAGUAGGUUUGGUGUUCUUAGAUGUCACCUUCUCUUCUCCAAACAUAUUUCUGAUCAUCGUGACUAAAAAGCUCAAGUUCUGUUUCAUCCGACCACAGACCUUUCCUCCAGAAGGCCUUUUCUUUGUCCCUGUGAUCAGCAGUAAACUUCAGUUGAGCUUUAAGGUGGUGCUUCUCAAGGAAGUUUCCUUCUUGCGUGGCAGCCUCUCAGCCCAUGGUGAACAUUUAAAUCUAUGUCCCAGCACCUUCCAAUUCACCGCAUACCUGCUUUUUGGAGAUUCUUGGUUGACUCUUGACUAUCCUGAACAAUUGUCUUUCAGCAGCAGGUGAUGGUUUGUUUUCUCCCCGAUGGUGACAGUGACACAACUGUACCAUUCACUUUAAACCAUUGUUUGCACAGAUGAUUUUGGGAUCUGUAGCUGUUUUCAACUGUCUCCAAGUGUGUUUCUUGACUUGUUCACGUCACCGACAUAGGGCUUGCUCUGGGGGUUCAGGCAUAUGGAUUCUGUAAAGCGUCUUGAGACAAUUUGACCUGUAAUUGACGCUAUUUAAAUAAAAUUGAAUUUAUUUGCUUCGUCAGAUCUGUACUCAGGUCCGUAGACUUUCCCAUUGUAGGGUUCGUAGCCGAGUGUAUUAGCUGUAUCAAAUUGGCCAUAUUUACAUUAGUUCAGAGAAAUCAGCAGCUGUAGUCAACUGUGAUCACUGACAAGAAAUUAAGAGGAAAUUCCACUAAGGAAAUUUUAUUAGCACAACUUUCUGCAUCACCAAAACUGACAAUUUAAGUUGCUGUAUGUAUACUUUUGAGUCAGCAGAUUGUGUUUGAUACCUAUAUCUAUGAAGGAAUCGUAAUGAAUGAUUGUUUUUUGUGAUAAAAACGCAUGUGUUUAAAUUAUUCCAUCAAUGAGAAUGACGAAUUAUAGGAAUCACUGGGGACUGAAGACUGCCAUGAUACACAUGCUCUUUACAAGUGCAUGGAAACUUUUGUUCAUGACUGGACAUGUGUUGGUGAAUAUUUAUUUACUAAGCAACAUUAGAAAACAACAAAAUGCGAAGAAACAUUCAAACAUGUCUUCAUGUUACAAAUCAGAGGCAAUGGCUACAGAAAUGAUAAAUACUGUAUGUGAAAUGUAUUUUUGUCAAGUUUGCUGAUAAAUCUCAGGAAACAUGUUUAACAUUUUUAAGAAAAAGAAAUAUAUUGUACAGAAUAAAGUCAAAACAUCACCACAA